GGGGGUGGAGCCUUAGGACCUAGCGAGCUCGUCCCGGGUAAAGCAAAGGAUUGACAGGGAAGCACACGGCCGAGGGGCGUCGUGUCUGCUGUGGAUACUGUCCACCACCCCCAACCCCGCUGCGGGCCCCCACAUCCUUCAGAAUGACGCUGGACGUGGGGCCAGAGGACGAGCUGCCUGACUGGGCUGCGGCCAAGGAAUUUUACCAGAAGUACGACCCUAAGGACGUCAUUGGCAGAGGAGUGAGCUCUGUGGUCCGCCGUUGCAUUUGUCGAGCUACUGGUGAUGAGUUUGCAGUGAAGAUCAUGGAGGUGACAGCUGAGCGGCUGAGUCUUGAGCAACUGGAGGAGGUGCGGGAAGCCACACGGCGAGAGAUGCACAUCCUUCGCCAGGUCGCUGGCCACCCCCAUAUCAUCACUCUCAUCGAUUCCUAUGAGUCUUCUAGCUUCAUGUUCCUGGUGUUUGACCUGAUGCGAAAAGGAGAGCUGUUUGACUACCUCACAGAGAAGGUGGCCCUCUCAGAAAAGGAAACCAGGUCUAUCAUGAGGUCUCUGCUGGAAGCAGUGAGUUUUCUCCAUGCCAACAACAUUGUACACCGAGACCUGAAGCCCGAGAAUAUUCUCCUAGAUGACAAUAUGCAAAUCCGCCUUUCAGACUUUGGGUUCUCCUGUCACUUGGAACCUGGAGAGAGGCUUCGAGAGUUGUGUGGUACUCCAGGAUAUUUGGCACCAGAGAUCCUUAAAUGCUCCAUGGAUGAAACCCACCCAGGAUAUGGCAAGGAAGUUGACCUCUGGGCCUGUGGAGUGAUCUUGUUCACACUGCUAGCUGGCUCACCACCAUUCUGGCACCGGCGCCAGAUCUUGAUGUUACGCAUGAUCAUGGAGGGUCAGUACCAGUUUAGUUCACCUGAGUGGGAUGACCGUUCUAACACCGUCAAAGACUUGAUCACAAGGCUCCUGCAAGUCAAUCCUGAAGAACGCCUGACAGCUCAGCAGGCCCUACAGCACCCCUUCUUUGAGCGUUGUGAAGGCAGCCAGCCCUGGAACCUCACACCUCGCCAGCGGUUCCGGGUGGCAGUGUGGACAAUACUGGCUGCUGGGCGAGUGGCCUUAAGCACUCAUCGUUUACGACCACUGACCAAGAAUGCACUGUUGAGAGACCCAUAUGCACUGCGGCCAAUAAGGCGCCUCAUUGACAACUGUGCCUUCCGACUGUAUGGCCACUGGGUGAAGAAGGGUGAACAGCAGAAUCGGGCGGCCCUUUUCCAACACCGGCCCCCUGGGCCUUUCCCACUUGUGAGCACAGAAGAGGAAGGGGACUGCAGUGCUAUCACUCUCACUGAUGACGAGACUGCACGAGCAGCACUUGGAUAGGACCUCAGCAUUGGACAGACCCAGAAAGCAGCACUCUCCAGGAGAUUUUUAUCAUUCCAGCCCCUUGGGGCUCUGGCCUUGGGCCCCCUGGCUUGCUAAGCUUCCCACGAAUAAUGGCACUGUCAUAGAAAGCAGCCCUGAAUACCUUCCUGGCUUUUGGGCUUGUAGCACAGAGCUGAGGUGGAAGGAGCCACUCCGGAUGCUACACCUGGCCUUGUCAGUGCUGCCUGCGCAUCUGAAAUAAAACCACCUCCAAGCUGGGGAAAGUCAGUG